AUGCAGACGAACGCAGACGCGAACCUCCUGGAUUUCUUUUAUGCGCUCGACAACAGCAUGUGGGAGAAGUAUCGUAGCGACGGCGAGGCGAACUACCUGCAUGCCAACGAGACCGCGCGCGAGCUCCUCUCCCACGCCGACCUACCACUCCUCCUCCGGGCGCGAGCCGGCGUGAUUCUGACUUGUACCUCCGACGAGCCGGCAGAAGCUCUCCAACACGCCCAAGAAGCCGUUCGUGUUGCGAAGCUUAUUAUGGAUAUCGUUGGGGAUAGGGCCGGACGAGUCGAGACACAACUGCUUGCAAACUGCGAAGACGUCCUGCAGCAAGCCCAAGACUGGCAGCCAGAGUCCGGAGCAGUAGAGGGUGAAGCCGGUGCGGAGGGCGAGGUGGGCGAAGCGGAUGAUGAGGGCGAAGAGGUGAUCGUCUGGCAGGCUGAGUUUGUGAAGGAGGCACUAAGGCGUCGCGACUUGGAGGCAUCGGGGCGUGAGGGUUUGGCGGAGACAUCGAGCGCUGAUCAGCCAGGAGUCGCAGUCGCAGGUCAAGAGAAGAGCAAAGCGGUAGAGAGGACGGACAAGAGGAAGAAGAAGGUGACCAGGCGUCUCGACUCGAGGAACACAGACGAGGAGGAGGGCUUGUUGCAGGAGUACGACCUUACGACCAACGUGUGGGUAGACCUCGGGACGGCAGUGGAACCGAAGUUCGUGGACGAAGAUGACGAGAUGCUGUUGACGGAGAGUGAGCAACUCGCGAAGGAUGAGCAAAAGAGAGCGGACGAUGACGAGAUGUUGCUGGACUUCUGA